GUUUGUCUUGAACGCACUGAAGUCGGAAGUCAGAGAUUUCAUAGUUCCCAGUUGUUUUGAACGCGGCAUAGGAUGAGCCCAUGGCCAUAUAAAGACGUCAGAACUACAGUGAUAACCGACGUUGCAGCCAUGGAGGAAGUAAGAGUAUUCCCGCUAUCCUGUGCAGUGCAGAACUAUGCAUGGGGGAAGGUCGGUCUGGACAGUGAGGUGGCCAAACUGGUUGUUGGUGGGGAUACCUCGGCUGUCAUUGAAGCUGACAAACAUUAUGCCGAGCUUUGGAUGGGUGCUCACCCCAAAGGAGACGCCCUCAUCAAGGACAACCGGAUAGCCCAGAGGACGCUCGGUCAGUGGAUUGCAGACUACCCAGCAUGCUUGGGGUCAAAGGUCAAAGACACUUUCCAGGGCCAGCUUCCCUUCCUCUUCAAGGUCCUGUCGGUCAACACCGCUCUGUCAAUACAGGCCCAUCCGAACAGGGAGUUGGCUGGACGGCUCCAUGCUCAGUUUCCAGAGCAUUACCCUGACAACAACCACAAGCCUGAGAUGGCCGUCGCACUCACCCAUUUUGAAGGCCUCUGUGGCUUCAGGCCCGUGGAAGAGAUCAUUGGCUUUCUCAAAUCCGUGCCAGAAUUCCACGCUCUUGUAGGGAGCGAGACGGCAGAGGAGCUGGUGAGCAGUAGAGGGGAGGCGGGCCGCACCUCGCUGGCCCUGAAGAAGUGCUUCACCCGCAUGAUGAACUGUGAGAAGAAAGUGUUUGUGGACCAGCUCAACAUGCUGGUGAAAAGAGUCACUGAGGAAGCUGCUGCAGGGAAGGACACAUCAGACAGUAACAGUGAACUGUUGCUCCGGCUCCACUCCCAGUAUCCGGGUGACAUCGGCUGUUUUUCCAUCUACUUCCUAAACCGCAUUGUGCUGGAGCCAGGCGACGCCAUGUUUCUGGGUGCCAAUGAACCGCACGCGUACCUCAAUGGAGACUGCAUCGAGUGCAUGGCCUGCUCGGACAACACGGUGCGCGCCGGCCUGACUCCCAAGUUCAUCGACGUCAACACCCUGUGUGAGAUGCUGAACUACAGCCCCGCUCCAGCCAGCGCUAAGAUCUUCCCCUCCAUACAGGACCCCUCAGACCCCUUUGUCUACCUCUAUGACCCCCCUGUUCCCGACUUCACUGUCAUGAGGAUACAGGUGCCAGCCUCAGUCAGGCAGUACACGGUGGCCCCGGUGGACUGUGCGGGCAUCCUGCUGGUGAUUGGGGGCGAGGCCACCGGCACCUCCGCCGCUGCCCUCUCUGACAUCACCCUGAGCCGGGGCACUGUCCUCUUCAUCUCAGCCAAUGAGAGCGUCUCCCUUCACAUCACCUCCCCCUCCGGUAUGACUAUGUACCGGGCCUGCAGUCUCCUGUAGCACCAGGCCUUCUGAUAAUGUCACCUACCAACAUCAACCCAACCAACCCGUGGUUCUCCCAUUCGUCAUGCCGGGGUGUCCCUUGACUUAAGGCCAGUAGUGAUAGACUGAAGAUGGCCUACUAACAGAUUUAAACCCUCUUUAACUGUAGUCUAUGUGCAGUUCCAUUCAUUUUUCUCAGACAAUCUCACUGACGGGUACAGGAACAUGCACAGCUUGUGUGUGUGUGUGUGUGAUACACGCCCUUGUGGUUUGUGUACUCGCUGUGGUCCUUUAUAUUCGGCCCAUGUUUCUGUGAAGGUUUACACAGUAUUGGUGAUUAUGGAGUUUUCAUUGGUACAGUAUGCCUCAGCUCACAUCUCGCUGUAAGUGUCACAUACUCUGUCGUUGCUGCUGAUUUUUAAUUGAGCAUGUUGUAAUUAAUUACCUCCAUAAGCUUCUUUUUUUUCAGUGGGAGGAAAUCUUCUGUUCAAUAGUAGUGCUGUUAAGACAAUGCAUCACAACAAAAACAUAGUAUUUUAAAUAUAUCGGCUGUAUUGGGAACAUUUGGCGUUUACAGUAUGCUGAGAUUCCUGUGCAUGUUUGCGGAACAAAGGCACCUGCCCCUUCACACAUGCAUAUUUGCCCGCUGCAUACAUAGUGUACUUACAAAUAGAUCAUAUAGUAAGAAUGUAUAGCUACUGUAUGGAGAGGCCUUUUCUUCAGCUGGAUCGCCAACAUUGAAGUUGGUUUGGUUGAAAAAAUGUCAAGCUUAAGCAGCAUGUGACCAUGCAAUUCAACUCAGCAUCCAACGGAAAUGCAUUCCGCAGUAGUCUGGACUGAAGGUGGCUCGUGAGCUGUACUGUGUCAAUGGUAACACCUCACACUCUAUUACAUGAUACGAAGUUGGUGUUUGAGAUGGACUGCAUUGCAGUUGGUGACUGUAGACUGUCCGACUCAUCUUGCAUCCUAAAUGACUACUGAUUUUGUAACUUGUAUAGCAGACCGUCUGUAGUCGCAGACUGCAAUGUAGUCUCUCAAACACGCAAAACAGCUUUCCCCAAAGGUCAAAAGAGUUCAAUUUUGUAUGUUUCUUCAUUUUGAAUGAAACUCUGUUGGGUCAGGCAUGUCUCCUGGUUGGUGUUCAUUAGAGCACAUCGUAGCAAAAGGAAAAUUAGUUUCUUUAUUGGAGAAGUACAGAUUGUACCUCCCCGUUUCUGUUUUGUGCUUAAUGAACAUGACCCUGGUGCUUUCAAUUGAACAGCGAUGAUCCACUUCCGAUUUGUGAAUGAAGGACUGGAACAGAGAGAGAACGAUAACUUAAGUCAUUUGUUCUGAACUUGUUUGUAUGCCAACUGGAAAACCAGGAUAUUUUAAAUUACAUGAAGUGUUUGCACUACAAUAGUAUAUAUAUAUUACAGACAUUUGAUUGCAAACAAGUCUGAAAACUAAGAUUUAUGGGUUAAAGGUAUAACUGUUUUACUUUAACAUUAUGCGAAUGUUUCUUUUCAAUAGGAGCUGGAAUGAGAGCAUGGCUUUGCAUUUGACUAUACUACAGUAGCAUGGCUCUCUACAGAGAGUGUCUGUAUGUAAACCUAAAUAAAACAUUCUGUACUA